AUGUUCGUUACAAGAUUUAUCGUUGGGAGUGUCAAAUCAAGUUUUCAGGCAUGUCACAAUAAGCUAUGCGAAAGCGGUUCAUUCCCCAGAACUUGGGACAUCUUACAAGCGGCAGUCGCAGCAGAGAUGAACACUGUGCCGGAUUGCGAGUUCAUGGUCAAGCUCUUGACAGGUGGACAUAUGGGUCAGUGGUCUUCCAUGUCUACGCUAGCGCUCUUCCAAGUGUGCUCCUCAUGUCCAGUGGUUCCACCGGAAAUGGUACCUUCCACUCAAGAUUCCGUCUUCAUGAUAUGGUUGGACGAGCAUGUACGCGAAAAUGCUCAAAAUUCUGCAGAAGCAGAAGCUUCUUUAUCACCAGCGUUGGGUACUUCGGCUUGGGUCCACAUAUUAUGCAAGAUGGCGACAUCUGCUGUGUGCUGUAUGGGGUGCAUGUCCCGAUGAAAUUGCGAGAAGCAUCUCGAGGCGAGUUCCGGCUGAUCGGCGAGGCUUACAUCGAGAGUAUCAUAUUUGAAGCGGAGCCGGAUCGGAAUGAAGAGCGUGAAGUUGUGCUGAUUUGAUGCUUCUCAAGGUCCUGUUGCUCGUAUCAACAGUCGUGUUCUGGUUGACAUGUCAAGCAAAAGUACACUCUGUAUUAGUUGGUUUUUUCGACGACCUCAAGCAAGAUCAAAGGGACACAUUCAGGAGUUACCUUGAUGCCAAUUUUAUUUCAGGUCAUUAUGCUCUUGUCGUACCAAACUGAAUCGCGACUUACCAAACACUUCAAACUAUCGUACAUCUGCGGCGCUCGGUGAUUGUGUUUGUCGUGGAAGGGUGCCGUAUCCCUGAUCUCAGUCGUUGC